AUGACAGCUCAGACACAGUCUCAAGAGACAUGGCAGCCAAUGGCCUUGUCAAUCGCUCCAUCAAUAGCGUCUCACUCCCUGUCAACACCAGAAUCCCUACAAAUUGAGAUUGAUCAAACAACUCACCGGCUUGAGCUCCUCAACUUCUUUCAUAUUCAUGCUUCAUCACAUAUUCUUGAGAUUGGAUGUGGUCAGGGAACAUGCACUGUUGUCUUGGGACAUGCCGUUGGGGAUGAUGGCCGUGUUGACGCCAUCGACCCCGCACCUCUUGAUUACGGUGCACCGUACACCCUUGGCCAAGCACAGCAACAUAUCGCCAAAGGCGCUUUGGGCGGGCGUGUGAAAUUCUGGCAGGCCCAACUCGAUGACUUUCUAAAAGAUACAGGGGACAAGAAGUGGGACUAUGCAGUCUUUGUGCACUGUUUAUGGUAUCUAGAUGCGCCAGAAACCCUUGCCCGCAUGCUCAAAGUGCUGAAGGGGCGCGUGAGUAGAGUCUGCAUUGCCGAGUACGCCAUGAAGGCAUCUGAGCCAGCUGCUGUUCCUCACUUGCUCGCUGCCUUGACACGCGCUACAUUUGAGGCACAAAGACCAGAGAGCGAAGCAAACAUUCGAUGUCUGCUGAGUCCACCUGAUAUCAAGAAUAUUGCCGCGGAUGCUGGCUGGAAGGUUGAACAAGAGACCGAAAUUGUACCGCAUGCGGGACUUCAAGAUGGGGGCUGGGAAGUUGGCGAUGUGAAAAGCAAGAGUUUUCUUGGCGACAUUGAGCAGCAUGUUGCGGAUAGUAAAAUUAGGACUGUGCUUAAGAGUGGUAGAGAAGCGGUUGUAAGAGCUGUUGAAGGACUUAACGGUGAAAAGGUGCGGACAAUGGAUGUCUGGGUUGCAACAUUAGUUGCAAUAAAGUAA